AAGUCAGAGCGGCUGUGUUUCUCCCUACGGCUGUGGAUCCCUCCCCACCCACAAAAGCCAAAGCGUGUCCCUGGUGGGACUGGGGGACCUGCAUGCAGAAGAGGAUGGGCGAGGCGGUGGCCCGGGUGGCCAGGAAGGUGAACGACACGGUGGAGAACAAAACGGAUUCUCUGGAUCUGGCCAACUGCAAGCUGAUCGCCUUCCCCGUCGGCAUCUACAAAGCCAUGAGGAGCGUCACCGAGGGGAUCCACCACAUCUCCCUGGCCAACAACGAGCUGAAGUCCCUCACCAGCCGAUUCGUCACCACCUUCAGCCAACUGAGAGAGCUCAACCUGGCAGGCAAUUAUUUGCACCGCCUGCCCGAGGAGGUCACUUCCCUGCUGCACCUCCGGGUCAUCAACCUCUCCCGCAACAGGUUUCGGCAUUUCCCUGAGCCCCUGACCACUGUCACCACCCUGGAGACCAUCGACCUGGAAGAGAACGAGAUCACAGGUGAGAAGGACUUCUUCCCACUGGAGAGGUGCCAGUGGAGAAGCUGGCCACCAUGGCAUCGCUGCGGAGCCUCAACCUGCGGGCCAACCCUGUCGGCCCCGAGGUGCGGCUCCUCGUCCGGCCCCUCGUCCCCUUCGACCUGCUGCUGUCACCAGAGGAACCCAUCCCCAAAGUCUGAGAGGGUCUUGGGGUGCCCGGGCGAGUUCUCCCGAGGGGCGACUGCCUCCAAGAGAUGUUGGGCUUAGGGCAGUCCCCGCUACAUCCCUGUUUCUGUCCCAAAUCCACAGCAAGGCAGCCAGUCCCUCUUUUUUUUGUUGUUUUUUUCUUAAUAAAAAGCAAGUAGCGGGGUUCCUCCGCGAAGGGAUGGCUCUGCCAGCUCCCCAGCUGGGGAAUCUCCUGCUUUGUGUUUUGCCAAGUGCUUGGGGAGGAAGAGGAGCCAGGAUGCCUGUGGUGCGACCCAGGGGAGCGUGGUGUCCUGCCUGGUUGGUGAUGGGGAGCAUCUGCUGCCCUGGUCCAGGGCUGGGAUGGGUGGGGGACAUCCCUGGAGCCGUGAGGGUUCCCCCUUGAAUCGCUGAUACGGCAAUGUGCCAAAAUGCCUGAUUAAAUGUGUUCCUGUUA